AUGUUUAUUUUUCACUUCUUUUCUUCUUCUUCUUCUUCUCUUCCUCCACCUAAUUACCUGUUAUUUUCACUUAUUUCUCAUUCAUUUUCAUAUCUUCCUUCCUGCUGUUUAUUUUUCUCCUUCUUUGUAAUAUAUUUCUUUCUCUUCCACUUUUUUCUCCUUCUUUUUCAAUGCUUCCAUUUUAUUUUUCAGUCACUUCUCAUGCUUUUUGAAAUUUUCAUUUCUCGUUCAAUUUUCUUUUACUCUUUCUUUUCUUUCUUUUUAUUCUCUUUCCUCCUCCUCCUCCUCUUAUUUCUAAUUCGCUUUUCUCUCUUUCAUUCUCUUUUUAUUCCUUUAUUUUUCUUUCCACUCUUUUUCUUUUUAUUUUCUCUUCCUUCUUCACUGCUUCAGUUAACGUUUUUCAUCUCUUCUUUUUUUUCUUUUCCUUUUCUCCUUCAUUUUUCUUAUAGUGUCAAUAUGUUGUCUUUCUUUUUUUUUUUUUUCUUAAUUUCUUUUUUUCUCCUUCUUUAUUCCCCACUUUACCUAUCACGUUCAUUUUUCUUUUCGGUCUUCAUUUCUCCUUCUCUUCCCCAUCUUUCUUUCUUUUUUUCUCUUUUUUUUUUUUUUUUUACUUACAUUUUUCACUUCUUAUGUUUCGACUUAACAUUUUUCCUUCUUCCUUUUACUUUUUCACUAAUUACUUUUAUUUUUGCUUUAUUUUUCGCUUAUUCCGAUACUAGUUCUAAACAGAAGUGUUACGAGAAGAUUGUCUUGCGCCAGUUACUUAAGCAGGGAGUAUCUUUGAAAAUUAUUCUUCACUUCUUUAUCAACCCAUCCAUUAUCUCAUGA